GCCCACCAGGAGCGGGGCCAUCACAGGACCCCGCCGCGAGCGCGCCCUUCCCCAGGCCAGGCAGCUCUCAGCGCUCCUGCGAGGCGGUUGGGGAAGCGCACGCGGCGCGGAGGGAGGGCAUGUCGGAGCUCUCUCUCGCGCGCGCCCUCAGGCUCCAGUAUUUACCUUCCGGGGCGGCGGGGCUUCACUUCCGGGGCGGGGUGUCCGCUCUGUGUGUCCCCGGCCCCGCUUCCCUCCGUGGAGCUGUCUCAGCGGGAGCAGGGGGGCUAGCUGCAGUCCCGGGGAGGGACCGGACUCAGGGCAUCAUGAGCGGCUCACAGAACAAUGACAAAAGACAGUUUCUUCUAGAGCGGCUACUGGAUGCAGUUAAACAGUGUCAAAUCCGGUUUGGAGGAAGAAAAGAAAUUGCUUCAGAUUCUGAUAGCAGAGUGACUUGCCUGUGUGCUCAGUUUGAAGCUGUACUACAGCACGGUUUGAAGAGGAGCCGAGGAUUAGCAUUAACAGCAGCAGCAAUCAAACAGGCAGCAGGUUUCUCCAGCAGAACAGAAACAGAGCCAGUGUUUUGGUACUACGUAAGAGAAGUUCUGAAUAAACAUGAACUACAGCGCUUCUACUCUCUGAGGACUAUUACUACAGAUAUUGGCAGAGGCCGUGCCUGGCUACGCUGUGCAUUAAAUGAACAUUCUCUGGAAAGAUAUGUCCAUAUGCUGCUUGCAGAUAAAAAUCGACUUAGGUAA